AUGGCGACGGAGGGUCGUCGCCGAGAGUCACACCUGCUUGAAGAAGCUGGCUCCCCUCGCCGUGGCAGCGCUCUCGUGGCGAGGGCGACCGCGACGCGCGAGCCUCAUGACAGCUACACCACGGACGAGGCGCUGGCCCUGAUGGUCGACCUGGACCUCACUACGGCGCAAUACAACAGCAUGCGGCUGUCUGCCGUUGAGCGCGGCUGCCAGCUGUAUCCAGCUUUCAAGAAGGUAGCCAAAGCCAAGGCCAUGUGCCUGCCACGAUCGGAGGCCAUCUCAGUUCUACCUGGCGAGGCCAAGGUGGAGCUACAGCCACUACUGGACCACACUGCAGCAAGACUGGUGCAGCUGCAGGGGCCGGUCCUGGAGAGUCUGGCGGACGCGGCACCGAUCCAUCUCACCCUCUACUGCAAGUGGGGAAUGGAUGGGUCGUCUGGUCACAGCCAGUACAAACAGGCCGGCGUCCGUCACGACGACCAGCUGUUCGCCACGACGCUCGUACCCCUGCGGCUGCAGACCCAGAGAGGUGUAGUGGUGUGGAACAACGCCACGCCCAGCUCCACCCGCUUCUGUCGGCCAGUCCGGCUGCAGCUGGCGAAAGAGACCAAGGACCUGACCGAGCGGGAGCUACAGAGGGUCCACUCCCAGAUCAGCGACCUGCAGCCGUACAGGAUGCCGGCAGCCGUCAUCCACUACGAGUUGACAAUGAGCAUGGUUGACGGCAAGACUGUGAACGUCGCCACGGGAACAGCCUCUUCCCAGCGAUGCAGCAUGUGCGGCCUGACAUUGAAGAGAUUUAACGACCUGGAAGCUGUCGCCGUCCAGCCCGUCACCAAUCUCCAGUACGGGCUCAGCACGCUGCACUGCUGGCUGCGAUCGUUUGACUGCCUCUUGCACCUCAGCUACCGGCUUCCCGCAGCUCAGGAUACCACCGAGCACCGCCAGCAGCGUCGGAAAGAGGUGCAGGAGGCAUUCAGGUCCCGAAUGGGGCUCCGCGUCGACGAGCCGCGAGCGGGAGGCAGCGGCAACUCAAACGACGGAAACACCGCUCGCCGUGCCUUCCGCUCGCCGGCCGACUUUGCUGCGUGCACUGGCGUGGAUGAGCAGCUGAUCAGCAGGAUGGGCACCAUUCUCCAGGCUGUAAGCUGCUUCCAUCGGCUUGACACCACCGCCCUCGCCAAGUACUGCGAAGAAACGGCUGAGCUGUACGUCAGGCUGUACGGCCAGCACCCGAUGAGCACGACAGUGCACAAGCUUUUGACGCAUUCGGCGGCUGUGGUGGACUCCUGCCACCUUCCGAUCGGGACCAUGUCCGAGGAGGCUGCAGAGGCAGCUAACAAGCGUCUGCGCCAGUACCGCUUGAGGCACACCCGAAAAGACAGUCGCGUCCACACCAUGUCUGACCUGCUCGGGUACAUGAUGGUGGCCAGUGACCCUCUGGUCAGCAGCCUUGGUCUGCAGCGGCGCCGGCGCCUAUACUCGAGCCGGCACGGCAGACUGCAGCCAGAGACCCUGGCCCUGCUCGCAGAGCCGCAGUCGGCAGAGCCAGAAGCUUCGGCUGAAGUCGAGGAGAGUGACCACGGCAGCAGCGACGGCAGUAGCGGCAGCAGCACGGAGUAGGACAGCAGGUCUGCAAACUGUGAUGUGAUGAGCUGUGAGUGUGACACACACCACUUGCGAUACCUGGUAGUGAGCAUGAGCUUUUGAAAGUGAAUAUUUUGUUCAAAUACAUAUCUUUAUUCUAACUACUUCUCACAUUGGUAGAAAGGUAUAUAACCGAUUUAAUGUCAUACAGCCCUUCCGAAUUUCGAGUUUUUCUUAAAUAUGAA